AACUGGGCAACUAACCCGUCGAUGGAGAUAACGGCACCACUAAUACCGACGAUUUGCUCAUCCGUCUUUCCAAACCCCCAAUUUUCCAGUCGUUUGCUUCACAUUCAUGCCCGGUCCUCUCGCUCACUGAAUACUAUUGUCAAACACAAGCUUCGGUUUCAGAGACCUUCAGUUUUCACUGCCUCCCGCACUUCAUUCCCCAAAUCUCUCGCCACUACUUGCUCGCUUCCUAAUGAAGCUACUACUUCCGUUUCGAAGGUUGCUGUUGAUGAACCUUCUCUAACUGUGAAGAAAAAAGCAGCAGAUAUCUCAUCAGACCUUAAAGGCACUUCAAUUUUUCUUGUCGGAAUGAAAAGUUCUAUGAAAACCAGUUUGGGCAAACUUCUAGCGGAUGCAUUACGAUAUUAUUAUUUUGACAGUGAUAGUUUGGUAGAGGAAGCCGCUGGUGGUGCAUCCGCUGCCAAAUCUUUUAGGGAGACUGAUGAGAAGGGAUUUCGUGAAUCUGAGACAGAAGUAUUGAAGCAGUUAUCGUCUAUGGGUCGUCUGGUGGUAUGUGCAGGAGAUGGUGCGGUCCAGAGUUCCACUAACCUGGCACUUCUGAGACAUGGAAUUUCACUAUGGGUUGAUGUACCUUUGGACAUGGUAGCUAGGGAGAUGAGUGAAGACAAUAGUCAACUUCCUGCAUCAGAAAUGGUUUCUGGAGAUCAUUUAGAGGUACUAACUCAGUUAGUGGCUACAUAUGAAGAAAUGAGAGGAGGAUAUGCUACAGCUGAUGCUACAAUUUCCCUGCAAAAAGUAGCUUCUAUGUUGGGCUAUGAUGAGUUGUAUUCAGUAACCACAGAGGAUAUGACAUUGGAGGUUCUUAAGGAAAUAGAGAAACUGACAAGAGUAAAGAAGAUGAUGGAAGAAGCAGCCAGACCCUUUUAGUAAACCACAGCCAUGUUCUUAUGCUUGCAUCAAAUUUUCAGAUGUUACCUCACCGAACUUUUCUGAAACUGUUGCUCAUGUCAUGAGCUGAGCUUGUUUCUAUCUUGGGUAUGCUUCUAUUUUUCUAUAGCCAUGUAUCGUGGUAGUUGUUUCUACUCUACUGAAAGGAUGGAAUAUGAUCUUAGAUGAUCUGAAUAGAAAACUAGCCCCCUUGAUCAUCUCCUUUUGUUGGAAAUGCCAUUCACUUGUUAUGGCGCACAUGAUAAUCUGCGAGUCAUAGCAUCGGCAGCUAUAAGUGUUCAUUUCAUUGGCUACUGUACACUGAAUUGAACCUAACCUGGACCUUUUCCUAAUUACACGCAGAUUUUCCAUUGGAAAAGAGAUUGUUGGGUUCCUGUCAAGGGCUCUACCCUUGUUUCCUCUUUGAACCUUCAAGGUGUAAGAACAUUGAAUUAA